GUCCGGGAGGCCAGGUAGCGCUCGGCCGCCAUGUUGGGAGCGGAAGUGGGCCGCCCGUGAGCCAGGAGGAGGAGCAGGAGCAGGAGCGGGAGCAGGAGCGGGAGCAGGAGCGGCGGGGCCGGAGCGGCGCCAACGAGGAUCCCCCGCACCCGCACCGCCGGCGCCGUCAGGGCCGAGGCCGGAGCAAGGCCGGGGGGAAGAUGCCGCUGGCCCAGCUGGCGGACCCGUGGCAGAAGAUGGCUGUGGACACCAACUCCGACGCCGCCGAGAAUGGACAGCAAAUUAUGGAUGAACCAAUGGGAGAAGAGGAGAUGAAUCCUCAAACGGAAGAAGGCAGCAUCAAAGAAAUUGCAAUCACGCAUCAUGUCAAAGAAGGACAUGAGAAAGCAGACCCUUCCCAGUUUGAACUUCUGAAAGUCCUAGGGCAGGGAUCUUUUGGGAAGGUAUUUCUUGUAAAAAAAAUCUCAGGAUCUGAUGCUCGCCAGCUUUAUGCAAUGAAAGUAUUAAAAAAGGCCACACUAAAAGUUCGAGAUCGGGUUCGGACGAAGAUGGAACGUGAUAUCCUAGUAGAAGUUAAUCAUCCCUUUAUUGUUAAAUUACAUUAUGCUUUUCAAACAGAAGGGAAGCUGUACCUUAUUUUGGAUUUUCUCAGGGGAGGAGAUUUGUUUACACGCUUAUCCAAAGAGGUGAUGUUCACAGAAGAAGACGUCAAAUUCUAUUUGGCUGAACUUGCACUCGCUUUAGAUCAUCUGCAUAGUCUUGGAAUAAUCUACAGAGACCUAAAACCUGAAAACAUACUGCUUGAUGAAGAAGGCCAUAUCAAGUUGACAGAUUUUGGCUUGAGCAAAGAGUCCAUCGACCAUGAGAAGAAGGCCUAUUCCUUCUGCGGAACGGUAGAAUAUAUGGCUCCUGAAGUAGUUAAUCGACGAGGUCAUACCCAAAGCGCAGACUGGUGGUCUUUUGGUGUUUUAAUGUUUGAAAUGCUCACUGGUACUCUACCUUUCCAAGGGAAAGACAGAAAAGAAACCAUGACAAUGAUCCUGAAAGCCAAACUUGGAAUGCCACAGUUUUUGAGUCCUGAAGCUCAGAGUCUUUUGCGCAUGCUUUUCAAGCGAAAUCCGGCAAACAGAUUAGGAGCAGGUCCAGAUGGAGUUGAAGAGAUUAAACGCCAUGCGUUUUUCUCCACAAUAGACUGGAAUAAAUUAUACAGGAGGGAGAUUCUUCCACCUUUUAAACCUGCAACGGGGAGACCUGAAGAUACAUUUUAUUUUGAUCCUGAAUUUACAGCCAAAACUCCCAAAGAUUCACCUGGAAUUCCCCCAAGCGCUAAUGCACACCAGCUCUUCCGGGGUUUCAGUUUCGUCGCUAUUACUUCAGAUGACGACAACCAAGCCAUGCAGGCGGUCGGAGCACAUUCAAUUGUUCAGCAGUUGCACAGGAACAGCAUUCAGUUCACCGAUGGCUAUGAAGUAAAAGAAGAUAUUGGAGUCGGCUCCUAUUCCAUUUGCAAGAGAUGUAUACACAAAGCCACAAACAUGGAAUAUGCUGUUAAGAUUAUUGAUAAGAGCAAGAGAGAUCCAACAGAAGAAAUUGAGAUCCUUCUUCGGUAUGGUCAGCACCCAAAUAUCAUCACUCUAAAAGAUGUGUAUGAUGAUGGAAAAUAUGUAUAUGUGGUAACAGAACUUAUGAAAGGUGGCGAACUGCUGGAUAAAAUUCUGAGACAGAAGUUUUUCUCUGAAAGAGAAGCCAGUGCCGUGCUGUUCACAAUAACGAAAACUGUGGAGUAUCUUCAUGCACAAGGGGUGGUGCAUAGAGACCUGAAGCCUAGCAACAUUCUUUACGUAGAUGAGUCCGGUAACCCGGAGUCUAUUCGGAUUUGUGACUUCGGCUUUGCAAAGCAGCUCAGAGCAGAAAACGGUCUUCUGAUGACUCCGUGCUAUACCGCAAAUUUUGUCGCUCCAGAGGUUUUAAAAAGACAAGGCUACGAUGCUGCUUGUGAUAUAUGGAGUCUUGGUGUCCUUCUGUAUACAAUGCUCACUGGCUACACUCCUUUCGCAAAUGGUCCAGAUGACACCCCAGAAGAAAUUCUGGCACGAAUAGGCAGUGGGAAAUUCUCCCUCAGCGGUGGUUACUGGAAUACAGUUUCGGACACAGCAAAGGAACUAGUUUCAAAGAUGCUUCACGUAGAUCCGCAUCAAAGACUGACUGCUGCCCUUGUGCUUCGACAUCCCUGGAUUGUUCACUGGGAUCAGUUGCCUCAGUACCAGCUCAACAGACAGGAUGCACCACAUCUGGUUAAGGGGGCCAUGGCAGCUACCUACUCUGCCCUGAACCGCAAUCAGUCACCGGUUUUAGAGCCGGUGGGCCGCUCUACCCUUGCUCAGCGACGAGGUAUUAAAAAGAUUACCUCGACAGCCCUGUGAAGUGACCUCAGCCAGAUCCUUGGUACCACGGUGUCAGAUGUUAGCACAAAUCACGGCAACAGGUAGCACGUAUCGGAGCGACACCUGCAAGCACACUCCGCCCCAGCUGGCUCCCAGAAUGCUGCUGCUGCUGCUGCUCUCAUCUAUUCUCGCUUUCGAUGAUCGUUGGCAUAGUUCCCGACUUCUUCCGGAGCUGCGGAUGGAAUGAAAAGCGGAAUGACGAUGAAGAUGGACGGUCACCGAAAUCAUCUAGAACAAUCACGAAUGCCACCUCUGUCAUUUAAAAAAAAAAAAAUACACUGAAUAAAGCACUCGGCACCGUAUAGCAUUAUUUUUAUAGGGAGUAUUUCUUGCCUCCUCAAAUAUUCUUCGUUAGCUUUAGGAAUGGACCGUUUAUGUUAAGCACUUAGCUUAAACAAUCCGUUUAGAAUAGCACUGUCGACUUUGUGCCAUCCAACAUUUUGUAUGUUUUUGUAAACAGUUCAUAUACAGUACAUUUCUGUACUAUUUUCUUUAAUGUAUACAUGCCUUGUUUUAACUUGGAGUUUAUUAAUCAAUCUGGCAAUUAAAUCUGGUUGGACAGUUCUAAAACAGCCUGAUUGUUGAACAGCUAUUGAAUGUAAUAUUAUGAAAAUGUAAUCACCUUCUCCAAGUCUUUUUUGGUUUUUUUGUAUUGUUUUUUUUUUUCUUCAUCCGUCUCUAUUACCCUCACUGAUUGUAAUUCUUGAAGCUCAAACCCAGAGAUCCAUUAUGGAAGGGAAGAUCUUCGCGCUGCAGUAUCAUGCAUGUGUGGCAGAAUCAAGAUGGAAGCUAAAAAAAAAAAAACCUCUCCCUUUGAUAACUCUUUUUUCCUUGUCUACUUAAAUAAGGAUUGCCUCAAUGCACUUUUUUACCAGAAGUAAUUCUUUUCAUCAUUACUUAAUAUCGCUUGUAGUUGGGUAUCCUAAGUGGUGUCACAGUUGACGGGGCAGAUAUUAGAGAAAAAAGGAUCAUCAUCAUCUGUGAAACAUGAAUGGAGUAGCCAGUGGACAGGUAAUGAGCUAAAUACAGAAUCAUUUACUAGGUGCUAUCUUAAAAUUAAUGCAAUAUCAGUGACUGAGCACCAGAUUCAGUAAGUUUUCGAUGUCAUGAUGCGGCGUUGGAGAAGGGUCUUGGUCACCCCAGACUACCCCACUGUUCAUCCUAAUUCUUGUACUUUGAAUUUACUGAAUUAGAAUGCAUUUGGCAACUUGGGUGUUGUAAGGUCCCCCGGACCCCUGAAAUGGUUUAUGUGGAAUUCGGCUGCUCGAAUAAUCCAGAUAGUCGCGGCGCUGUUGUUUGAGAGACGGUGGGAGACGGUGGUCUUGACCGGUGGUUGUGUUGGAGAAAUCUCUGCCUAUGUGCGCCCAGGUGAGGCCUUCUCUUGCCGAUCUUUGCCAUCCUGUGCACGUAAUUUGCAGAACACAAAAAUUCCCUGUUCUAACUAGCUGCUCCCUUUCCUGCUCUUUUGGUCGUUAUUCCUAAUGAAGUUUUGGGAAAGGUACUAUAGUGAGGAAGAAGGUAACUUACCUCAUCUUGAAUGUGCUGGGAUAGGUCUCUCUUUCUUAGUCAUGCACUAAAGCCAAAUGCAUCCGGAACUUUUGAUUUUUGCCAGGAACUUGAAGUUUUCCUUUCUGAAACAGCAAACGGGAAAUCUGAGGUGGUCGAAAUAUGUUCUGACAGCUGUUUUGGGGGGCUUGUUAAUUUGCUCAGCUGGGUCUUUAGCUGGUGGAAUAGAUUUGAUGUCAGGAGGUGUAAAAUAGAAACGUGUGAGAAUAGCUUCUGCUUGUAAUAAGGGGAAAUUGAUGCCUUUGCGGAGGAGCAGACAGUAGUUGUGUCCAGCAUAUUUUGUGAAUUGGGUAGAGGGAUUUGACACAGGAGGAGUUUCACCCGAAUAAGAGGAGGCAGGUGGUUGCUAGAUGUCGGAAGUCACGGAGGUCCUGGGUGAUUUAACAUCAGGCGAGAUUGAAAACUGACUAGAAUGUCUUCGUGGAAAGAUGGAAAGGAAACUGGAUCUCCUAAGGGUCAGAGGAGAGAGCGUCGUGUUCAGAGCUUCUUACAUGGUACUAGCAUCUAAGGAACUGGAAAGACUUCCUCCCCACCAAACCCCGCCUCCCCGACACAACCUGUGUGUUCUCCGUAAAUCGAGCGGAUCUACAGCUGGGAGCCCUCGAACAGCAUCUUUUAAAUUAACGUUGUUUUAGUCAGAGAAAGAAACAUCUUUGAGCAGUCCUACUGACGCCACGACUCGGCCAGCUACAGGGCAGGUGGCUGUCAGUGGUCAGCUUCCCUUCACGGGAGCGGGGGCUGGAUUUAGAGCUCAGUGCCUUCUGAGUUGGUGGGCAAGUGGGUCUGUGCUCAGGUGAUUUCACACCAUUCUCCACGGCACCUGCUGUGGCCCUGCUUUUCCAAAGGAAGAGUCCGGACCCGGGGAGCUGACGAGUCUCGUUUUGGUCCAGCAGAGUGCUUCCAAACAAAAGUUGGGAGAAAGGCGUUUCUGCUCAAGGGCCGUCCCGUGGGCACAGAAGCUCUGCUUUUCCAACGUGACGGUCUGCCGUGGCCUGUGCCUUUACCCACCCUUGGCUGGAGGAACAAGCAGUGGUUUAAGAGACGCGGUAGCAAGUUUCCUCCUUUGAUUAUGUGUCAGAAGUCCUGUUCUUCCAGCCCGUUCUUGUGGCGAUGUUCUCUCGGACGGGGCCAUCUGGUCUUGUCACAGUCAUUCAGGUUUCUCGGAAUCCACUUAUGAGGUUCAGAUGCACUUCCGCAUGCUUCCUUUUGGUUUAAUAAGGUCCUUUUAAGCAUUCCCAUUACGGGAGGCCUCGGAGAUGAAAGACGCCGUGAUUGACGAGCAUCUGCUCUUUAUGUCCGCGAUGGCUGCUCAUAUUUUACGACGCCCGGAGUCCUAAAGGUUAUUAUAUAGAUGGGGGAUUUGUUUUCAAGUGAUGAGGAGAGGUGCUUUCUGCAUCGUUUCGGCCUUUCCCGGGUGACCCUAAAGGUAUUACCGGCCUCGUUUCAUCCCUCUAAAUAGGUAGUUGGAUCUAGUUAGAACUAGUCUCAAACUCGACCCGGUGCCUCUCCCAGAAAGUCUUAAGCCAUCAGAUUUAUCAGGGCGGGGGAGCUCCGGUCGAAUAGCUCGAGGUUACAGUAUACACGCUGACUCUCCUAAAAUCGGAUUCCUGGCUAGGGGAAGCGAGAGAGUAUCGCCACCGCCGUAAUAAGAGUAGUCCUCGGUCUACUUCUAGGGUGCUUAUAGUUUGCUGGCCUCCUUAGAGGAGUGUCUGUGGAGCUGUGAUAAUGAAGGAGUACAAAUGAGGUUUUUGUGUUUUUUUGAAACUGUGGAACUCUACAAAUCUACCCGUAACCACUCUCCUUACUUUUCCUGGGUCUGAGGGUGUUCCUGUCCAUGUAGACCUGCCAGAGGGAACUCGAUUCUCUUCGGGCACCCCCUUCCUAGGUGCGGAGACCUGUGGGUCUACCCUGAAGCCACCAUUUUCUGUCCAGUAAAAAGGGGUCUCGUUGGUUCCCGCUAGGCAUCUUGAAGAACUCGUCGGCUAACGAGUCCAAGUUUUCUUCCUUAGAUCGAGGAUCUCCUUCCAUCUGUACCCCCGCCUCCCCGUAUUUUCUUUUCAUCUGUCUUUGACCUAUUUGGGCCAAGACAGACCACGGGUCGGGUUGAGUCUACCUUCUACCUCGCAGGCGUUUUCUUCAUUAUUUGACCACACAGGCUCACGGCACAGGACGGACUGUUGAUUUUCCCGAUAAAUGACUCCCAGAUCAGUUACCGAGGUGUGAGACCGUGAUGACCAGAGAACAGUGGAAGAGGGAUAAACCGCCUCAAGCAAAACCUCUUCACGGCCAGUAGUUCUAAUUUAAGCGUAUAACAGACAGAAGAGAUGAGUCCGGCUAGAACAAUCCUCUCCGAGUAGAUUCGAAUUGUAUCUAGGCAGGGUGAAGAUUUUUACUUCUAUUAUAAUCACUAUAAUACUGAAUGAAAUGUAAGCUGAUUUUUUUUUUCAACUGAAGUAUUUAAAAUGGAACAUUUUAAAAUGCGACAAGAGCAUAUAGAUCUGUUUGAUUUUGUUUUUAUAAAUGUAUAUCAUCUAAAAGCUCUGCUUUUAUAUUAUAAAAUAAGCUUCAAGGUUUCCUUCGGAAACUUAGACGAAUAAGGAAUAAUGAGGUUUUGCUCAGAAACGAUGUACAUUUAUUAGCUUUAUCUCUUAACUCUUAAACCUAAUCAAAGGGAAGCUGUGGACAUGAGGGAUGUAAUUAUUUUGCAGUCCUUGGCAAAGCCGGGGGGCGGGGAGGGGAGGGGUCUACUUGAACUGUUUUUAAAAAAGGCAAAAAAAAAAAUCACAGAUAAAUAUUUUUCUACUCUUGUGUAUGAUCAUACUUUAUACUACUUUCCUCAGUAUGGCCUGCCAGGAAGCCCGAGGUAAAUGUAAUGUAAUUUAAUAUGUAUUGUACCUUUUAUCGGAUGGUUAAAAUUGGCACCAGGGAAGGUGCGGGCAAGAGCUGCCAUGAAAUGCUAGUAAAACGACAAAGCUAUCAACGAGUACUUCGAAUGAUUGUGUUAUCCUUAGUGAGAUCGAGGAGAUUUCCCCCCCCCCCCCCCCCAAUCAUGCUACCACUGUGUAUCCACCAUUUCAGAUGUAACCGCGAAACCUGUCGCCUGUUCUCCUGCCCUGGAGCAGGUUUUGUAGUCUUCGAAAGAAAUGGAAAUUUAUACAAUGAAUAAACUUUCAAACAGA